CGUCCCCUAUUGCUGGAAACUGGAAACAUUUUCGCCGUCCCAGUAAUUUCACUUGACACACGUGUGUUUGUUAUUAAAAUAAUAAUAAUUAAGUAAGUUAAUUAAUUAAUUAACAAUUGACAAGUAUAACAAUUUGCUAAUUAAUAAUAACAGUAAUUGCGCGUAAAUAAAAUUUGAAUUUAAAAGUCGAAGUUUAAUGUUCAAGUUUAUUUGUAAAAAUUUUUUCUAACCUCAGUGAUAACAAUUUUUAUCUCGAUAAUUAACUUAUAAAUUAUUAAUCACGAAUGUUUAAUUAUUUAUUAUAAUUAUGGUUGUAAAAAUAAACUAAACAUUUAUAACAGUAAUAAAAGAAAUUUUGAAUUUUGACGGGAAAAAAAAAUUUAAUUUAAAAAAAAAAUUUUAAAUUUUCGCGGGAAAAAUAAAAAAUUCAAAUUAAAAAAAUAAAAAAUUGACAUGAAAAAAAAAUCAAAUAAAAAUAUGAGUGACUCAGAGCCAGAGGAUGCAGGACCCAGUGGGCCGGUAGAUAAUGCCUGGGCAUUAAAAAUCCCGGAGUUCAAACCCGAGGACAAUCCCAAUCGUCUGCUGGAAGAGAGUUCGUUUGCAACUUUGUUUCCCAGGUACCGUGAAAAUUAUUUAAAAGAAUGCUGGCCUCUGGUGCAAAAGGCCUUCGAUAAAUAUGGAAUAAAACCCGAGUUAGAUUUGAUGGAGGGCAGCAUGAGAGUAAAAACCACCAGGAAAACCUGGGACCCGUACGUUAUUAUAAAAGCCAAACAGUUUAUUAAAUUACUGUCGCGGUCGGUGCCGUUUGAACAAGCAGUCAGAGUCCUGCAGGACGACAUUGACGCAGACAUAAUAAAAAUCGGUAGUUUAGUGCGAAAUAAAGACAAAUUUAUAAAGAGACGUCAGAGAAUUAUCGGGCCGAAUGGCGCGACGUUGAAGUCCAUUGAGCUGCUGACCAAUUGCUACGUCCUGGUCCAGGGCCAGACUGUGUCUGCAGUCGGUCCCUACAAGGGACUGCAGCAGGUAAGGAAAAUAGUCGAGGACACGAUGAAUAACAUCCAUCCUAUUUACAACAUCAAGGCGCUGAUGAUAAAGCGCGAGCUGGCCAAAGACCCCAAGCUCAAGAACGAGAACUGGGACAGGUUCCUCCCCAAGUUUAAGAGCAAGAAUAUUUCCAAGAGGAAGCAGCCGCUGAAGAAGAAGGAGAAGAAAGAGUACACUCCGUUCCCACCGCCUCAGGCUGAAAGCAAGAUGGACAAGCAGCUGGCCAGUGGCGAGUACUUCCUGACUAAGGAGCAGAAGAGGGCCAAGCAGAAGAAGGAGAUUGAUGAGAAGCACCAGGAGGCUGAGAAGAGGAGACAGGACAGGCGCCAGCAGGCUUUCGUUCCACCGGAAGAGUCUAGUGAUGACAAGAAACGGAAAGAUGUUGAUGCUGGUGGUCUUGAUGUUGAGAAACUCAAGGACAAGAUCAAUAAGAGUUUGAAAAAAAAACGUAAAUUUAAUUAAAUUUUUUUUAGAAUUUAUUGUAAUUAAUAAUAAAAUUUAAUUGAUUUUUUAUUUUUAAAAAAUAAUUAUUAUUUAAAUUAAAUUUUUUCCCGCCAAAUUUAUUAAAUUGAAUUCCAGUAAAUUAUCAACUGAUAAUUGGAGUGAUUAAGUGAUUAGUAAUUAUUAAUUAUAUUUGCGAAUGGUAAUUAAUUAUUCGAAAAAUUAACAGGAAUAUUAACAAAACAAUGAAAUUUUUAUUUUGUUACUUUUUUUUUUUUACAAAAACACUUUACCUAAUUUAUUAAUUAAUCAAUUACAGUAAUAAUUAAUCUACUUAAUGAGACUAUCAGUUAUUAAUUAACAUUAACACACAAAUUAAUUACAUUCGAUUUAUCAUACAUUCAACUUCUUAAUUACUAAUUUAUUUUUUUUUGCCAGCCGGCGAAAUUGUUAAAAAAAAUUAAUUGCUUAAUUUACUAUAUUACAUUAUGAUUAUUAAUUAAGUAUCCGAAUUUAAUUAAUAAUAAUAAAUAACAAUAAAUUGCGAUAUUUACAUACAAUUUAAAUAUUUCGUAUUUCAAAGCCUUUGUAAUUUUUUAAAAAAUUUGAAUUUUAAAAUCACUGGCGCUUUGAUGGACGAAAUAAUCACAGU